GCUGCCUGCCAGGGAAUUCGACUGAAGUUUCAGGCGCAUCUGACAUUGUUUCAUCAAACUUGUUGCAGGUAAUCCUGUUGAAUGACAAUACUGAAGUCCGCACUAUUAGAUUAGGACUUCAGUUGCCUGAGCCUUGCAUCGACAUGGAGAUUAUUGUUCAAAGCGUUAGACUAAUGAAGGUUGAUGGUUCUGUACUUUCUCUGAACAUAAAUCACAGCUCAAGACAUCUUGCUGUGGGAUCUAGUAAAGGACAUGUUUCAGUUAUUGAUAUAGAAGGGCCCACUCUAUUAUAUAAAAUCCACAUUGCAAGUGAAAUUUCUACCCGCAUCAUCUCUCUGCAGUUUGAAACCUGCAGUUUUCAUGGUUUCGACAAGAAUGUCUUAGCUGUUGCAACAGAGGACUCAUCUGUUUUGGCUCUUGAUAGUGAUAAUGGAAACACAUUGAGCACUAGUCUGGUUCAUCCCAAGAAACCCACUAGAGCACUUUUAAUGCAGAUAUUGGACUCCAGCAAAGGGAGUAGUGUUGAGGAUGCCAUGCAAAAGCAGUCUUUGCUACUGCUAUGUUCCGAAAAAGCAGCAUACAUAUAUUCCUUCACACAUGUCAUGCUGGGAGUUAAGAAGGUAAUAUACAAGAAGAAAUUUCAAUCAUCUUGUUGUUGGGCAUCGACAUUCUACACCUCUGAUGUUGGCCUUAUACUCGUUUUUACAACUGGAAAAAUUGAGAUAAGGUCCUUGCAUGACUUAUCUUUGAUAAAGGAGACUUCAAUAAGGGCCUUCACAUAUUCCACAUCAAAACUAAAUUCACAUGCUGGCAAUUCGAUAUGCUCUUCAUCCGAAGGAGAACUUGUUAUGGUGAACAGUGAUCAGGAAAUCUUUCUCUUCUCUCUCAUUUUCCAGAAGCAAAGCUUUAGGCUUUUAGACUCUUUCAACUUGACGUACCAGAAAGAUCUGAUGGUUUCACAAGAAGAGUUUACAUCAGGACGCAUCAUUCAAAAGGAAAAGAAAAAGGGUAUGUUUAGUUCUGUUCUUAAAGAUAUUGUGGGAAGUAAAGGGAAGAAUGUCCCUGAGAUAGAAAAUGAAGAUACUAAAGAAAGUAUUGAAGAACUUUCAACAAUCUUUUCGACUGCUAAUUUCCAAUUUGAUGCUGAGAACACAGACAACCAGGCCAUGGGUGUAGAUGACCAGGCCAUGGGUCUUGCAAGCAAAUUAAUCAAGUUUCAAUGUACAGUUUCGAUGUAA